AUGGCCUGCCGCCGGAGAGGAACAGGGGACGAAGCACGGCCCUGCCUCUCUCGCUCGCUCUCUCUCUCUCUCUCUCUCUCUCUCUCUCUCUCUCUCUCUCUCUCUCUCUCUCUCUCUCUCUCUCUGCGUCUCUGUUAGAGCCAGCCGCAUGCAGAGGGCGGGAAAUAACCUAUGGGCAGGUGAGGAACUUCUUAAGCUCUAUCAUUAAAUAGUAUAGUAAUAAUCAACUUAAGUACAUAAAGUUAGCUAAAUUGAUCAAAAGAUAAAAUAUAAUUAAUUUUAACAUGAGACUUCCAUAAGUACUCUUUAAUUUUUCAUUAAGAGAAUAGAAGUGAGAUCCUCCACAAUGCUCAAACAUAAUUUGAAAUUUACUUCAGAGAUGUCUAAUGAAAUUCACAUGAUAUAGAGACCCUUUCAUUAAGGCCUUCUUACUGUACGAAGUAUUUGGUUUAUUUCUUCCAAAGUUACCUCCCCUCGGGCACCGCAUGGCUUAAUCAGCGUGAAGGGAUAAGCGACGGUAGAAGCCGUCGUUGUUGGGAACUUCGUGUAUGAUGGCCUCCCUGAUCAACACGUGAUGUAAGUAAUAAAUCGGGGUUAGAGUGUAAAAAUAAAGGGGCGGUAUAUGAGUAUCUUUGAUACCUCUGAAUUUAAUGGAAGGAGCGUAUGUCAGCUUCACUGGAAGGAGGCGGCAAGCAGACGAACCCAAUAAUUCAGUGUCCCACUGCUCCUCCUCUCUCGUUUUAUCUUCUCCCAUCGUUGCCUCUUCUCCGGUCUACACGAUCACGAAAAGGCAUCUUUUUUGUGAGGUAAGAUAUUCACAGAUUGGCAUCACCCAGAGACUGACUGACGACUUCGCAUCUCGUUGACCCACCUUGGGAUUUAAGAACUCUGAAGAAGGGCCGGCGCAAAUGAUCUCAACAGGGUCGUCAUGGUUGCACUGCAGCAUGCGCCUCCUUUUCAGCUGCGGCGACUCGGCAGACCCAUCUGCACUGUCCUUCGCCGUGCCUGGAACCCACACUCCUCCGUCAAAUAGGACCAAAAUGGAUGACAUACAUUUUGUUCAUAGUCUUCCGUUCAGUACCUCCGCUGUCAGAAACUGCGCAGCCAAAAUCUGUGCAGUCCCCGAGCAUGCCGAACCGCUCAUGAUAGUUCGUCCCGUCCAGCAGGUAGUGUGGGAUGCCUACCCAGGAAAGAGUCUGAAUCUUAGAGAAAAAAUCGUACUGACAGAGAGGUAAGUCCGGCAGAGGAUGCAGCUAUAUCAGGCUGCUCACCGUUCCACUCUGUCAGCAGACCGCAGCCCUCUGUUUCCCAUUCAAAGAGUUGGCUGAAAAUCAUCGAAGAGGCCAAGUAGAUGAGUCGAUGAAUUAUCAUGAUAGUUUGGGAAGAGCCGUCUGUAAUUAUGAGGAACCGGACGGCAGUGGAUCCAUCACGCGGAACUCAUCGAGGUACUCAUACUUCCCGCAAGGACCUCUGGGGGAGGCUCAUCGCGACCUCGGUGGAUGGUUCUAAGGUCACUGCAGAUCUGCUUAGACUAGCGCGAAGAGAAGAGAGCCGAAUGCCGUUGGGAGAAGCAGACAGCGAAACGAGAAACGAAAUCCUCGGAGCGCACUCAAUGCGGUCCACCGACCACGACUCAAAUUCUAAUAGAAAAAAACUCGGACUAAUUGAUGAACGGAUGAACCGCGGAACCCAACAGGUACGAACAACAGAGAUCAUUGCAGAGCACUCUGACACAGAAAACUCCCUAGAUAACCCGAUCUACAAACCUGGGCGUCAAUCGCGCGUCACAUUCUUCCAAGUCCAUCUUCUCGCCUCGACCCCCCAAGGAAAAACGAGGGGAACCUCGCGCCCAGUGCAGCCCCGCUCCCGCCAAUGGCCUGCCGCCGGAGAGGAACAGGGGACGAAGCACGGCCCUGCCUCUCUCUCUCUCUCUCUCUCUCUCUGCGUCUCUGUUAGAGCCAGCCGCAUGCAGAGGGCGGGAAAUAACAUAUGGGCAGGUGAGGAAAGCCGCAGGUGGUUGCACAGGCAACGGAGGAGGAAAGCCGGCAACAAGCAGGAAGUCAACGGCUGGGUACAACCGUAGAUCUUGAAAGAGCCCCCCGCUCCCUUAAACCCCCGGGGGGGUGAGAAAUAGUCCCCUCUCUCUGCAUGUGGGGAUCUCUGCGUAUAUAAAAUUCAUAUCGGGUUCUGCUGUAUGAAGCGGAGCGGUUAGUUCGGUACUAGAAGGUAUGAAGACCUCCGGACGCUCGCGUGAAGGGCUGGCUGGGCCUACCACGUCAACAGUUCCCAGAAUCGAGGAGAUUCCCUUCUCAAAAGCAAAAUGGGACCCACCUCGUACAUAUAUUUAUAUAUAACAUCCUCGUUGACCAAAUGCCUGGUACGUAUAUUAAAGGUAUGAUCGUUACUGAAGCUGGCUUCAUGCUCUACGUAGAUCUGGUACAUAUAAUUUUUGACAAAAGAGGAUAACUCUGAGGUAGCUAAGAUAGAACUUUGCAAACUUCAUAAAACAUGAUUUAUUUUAACAUUAGAAAUACAUAAGUUUCUUCAAUUUUUUAUUUUAUAGAGCAAUAGAAGCGAGGUCCUCCACAAUGUUCCGACAUAAUUUGGAUUUAUUUUUAGAAAUGUUUGAUGAAGUUGAAAUGAUAUAUAGAGAGAACAACAUUCAAUAACAAUGUAUCAAGUGCAUUUUUAGUCAAAAGGAAUAUGCCAACAUACUUGUUGUGUCAAGUAUGCUUCUUCAUUGACAAUGGAGAUUAAAAUAUGUAGUUACCAUUGUGAUAAAUUAAUACAUUAAAUUUCAUAUAGAUUGAAAGUUUGAAUCUAGGACACCAGUAAAUGUCAAUUUAAAUCACUUUAUAUUAUAAAGGAAUAGUAAUAGUCUCAUUAGUUUUAUUAGAUUUUUAAUUACUGUAUGAGUUGAAAAAUCGCUAUGCGGUAUUCAAUUAGACUAGAAUUACAAAAUCUUUAAUAUGUGUAGUGAGUGCUUUUAGAUCAACUUGAGAUUCUAAACAAAAUCUUUCGUAAUUUGAUUUGUUGCAUAAACCAAAGUGAUAGAACUUAUUCUUGAGCCCCAUAGUUUGUAUACAAUUGUAUGGUCAAUUGAUCUGAAAAUAUUUCUCCAUUUUUAAUAUUUAACCAUUUUCCUUCAACAAUUUCCUUCAAUUUUCUCCCUAGACCAAAAACUGAAAGGACAAGUAUUCCAGCUAAUUAUACAAUAAAAGUGCUUAAAUCAUUUCAUUUCAUCAAGUAUAUUAAACCGGUUGUCACCCAAUGAAAGUAAUUAAAAUAAAAAACAAGAUAAGCUUUAUAAAGUAGGCAAUUUGGCCAUUUAGCACUUGAGGAAAAAGGGUUCUCAAUUGAUAGUUUUGAAAAGUUGAACCCUAGGAAAUCUGUGCCAUUAAAAUUUUUACAAAUGAUUAGAACAAUACAUAUGUACUUUAUUUACCUCCAAAAAUAAUUAUAGGUUCAACCUUUAAUGUGGUUGAGAUUGAUGACUACUAUGUGACGCCACAUGGAGAGUCAAGAGUAAAAAAAAUUCAAGUAGGAAAAAUUGAUUUAACAUACAACUCUAGGCAACCAGAAAUGUCCCUGAUUGGUGAUUGCUGACCAAAGUUGUUGAAAAACAUAAAAAUGUAGACCACAAAGGUUGAAAGGCCUCAAAUGGGUUCUAUACCCAAAAUGCAUUCAAAUGAGGUCAAUUUGUGUCGAUAACAUGUGAUUUUCAUAAGACCAAUAUUUUUUUUCAUAUUAAUUCAGUUUAUGUUGUUUGGUUAGUUGAUCUCAUUUUUAGGAGUGCAAAAACUGAUUUUGGCCUAUUUAACAGCUAGCAUGUGAUAAUAUUUAUAGAAAAAUUCAAUAGUAAUAUAAUUUUGUUGUCUUUGGAAAUUUUACUUGACUUGUGGGUUGAAGAGCUAAUGGGCCAUCAUUGAGGCUCAUUCACAUAAAUGCUUUUGGAUUCAAGACAAUACAGUCUAAUCAUUGAGGUUUCAAAUAUUUCCAGAAACAUUUUUCUAAACUCAAUGAUUGAUGAUCUUGUGCCUCAUGAUUAAAUGGAGAUUUUUUUGUUCUUCUAUGACUUCCCUAUGUGGCACAAAUUGACAACCCUUUAUUCCAAAAUAAAGAUUUUUUUAUAUUAUGUGUACAUCAUUCUUAUAUUUUUACUCAUUAUAAUCAAUCCUACAAGGGUAUGCUAAGUUUACUUGGUAACUUUGAAGAUGAUUUUAUUAGUAAUGACUAGAUGUUUUAACUAACACUCAUCUUUAGUCUAUUUAUCACAACUUGUCAUCCGGAGACGAAGAUCCGGACUGAAGGGGGGGAAAAGAACAAAAGGCUGAGCACAUGACAACGAGCCUCUCAUUUCGCCAUCCUCGCGUGAUAUCAUGCAGCACCCAGUGUAAGUUUCUAGUUUCCUCAUCUCCGUCUACUUCCAUUGAUUCUCACCCAUGUUCAUCUUUUCAGUUUCCUGCCACAAUGGGUAACAUCGCUGCCCAUGGAUGCAGGAAUAAAUCGGAUGCAAUGUAUGGCUCAUGGAAGAGGAGGGAGCGUUGGGAAUGUUCAGAACAUGACAUUUAAGCAAAGCAUGUUGAUGCCAUCUCUAUAUUCAGAUAAUCAAAUUGGCAGAGGUCAUUCGUGAGUCCUCUGUGACAGACCUUUUUGAUCCAUGCAAAAAAACAGGAGGGGGGUGUGUGUGUGUGUGUGUUUAAGCGUAACGGAGAAGGUUGUUUUUAUCCGGUUUUUACAAUGUUUACUGGUUCAUAGUUGCUGAGUUGAUUGCUCUAUAUACUCCCAGGGAGUGCGGUGUACGCGACAACCCUAACGAGUAGGAACAGGCGGCUGAAUAUCUAGUCUCAAUAUGUUCUGGUUUGAACUUAACACGAUAUUUGGAUAAUGUCAGAUAAAUACCUGCAUUUAUACUCAUAUUAAAUUAUGAAAAAUAAUUUUAGUUAGAUAAUUUUUGACAAAAGAGGAUAACUCUGAGGUAGCUAAGAUAGAACUUUGCAAACUUCAUAGAACAACAUAACUCUCGAUAUGAUAAAUGUUCACAAGAAAAGACAUAAUGUUAGCACUACCAUUGAUAGCAGAGGCAUUGUCAUGCAUGCACAUCGGCUCCAUGCUCUCACAGAGCAACCCAUCUAACUAAAAUUAUUUUUCAUAAUUUAAUAUGAGUAUAAAUGCAGGUAUUUAUCUGACAUUAUCCAAAUAUCGUGUUAAGUUCAAACCAGAACAUAUUCAUACUAGAUAUUCAGCCGCCUGUUCCUACUCGUCAGGGUUGUCGCGUACACCGCACUCCCUGGGAGUAUAUAGAGCAAUCAACUCAGUAACUACGAACCAGUAAACAUUGUAAAAACCGGAUAAAAACAACCUUCUUCAUUACGCUUAAACACACACACACACACACACACCCCUCCUGUUUUUUUGCAUGGAUCAAAAAGGUCUGUCACAGAGGACUCACGAAUGACCUCUGCCAAUUUGAUUAUCUGAAUAUAGAGAUGGCAUCAACAUGCUUUGCUUAAAUGUCAUGUUCUGAACAUUCUCAACGCUCCCUCCUCUUCCAUGAGCCAUACAUUGCAUGAUAAAUUAAUCAUCCAAAAAAACACAGAGACAUCUCGAUCUACAAGGCCCUGCCCUGCAUGGGUCAAAAAUUCGGUCACUAGAUGAACAAACUUGAUUUGCUAAUCAAUCAACCAAUUGUUAAUCGCAAUUAUGAUGCUAUCUUUCCCCCAUUCAGUCUUGAUCUUCAUCACGAUGACCACAUGAUUCCUAAAAAGGUUGAAUAAGGGAAAGGCAGCAUCAUAAUCAUGAGAAUAAAAGGUUGAGCACAUCAUGAGUCUCUCAUUUCUCCAUCCUCGCAUCAUACCAUGCACCUAUUGUUUCAUUUAUCUUGUUCUACUUUGAUUCAUUCUCAUAGAUCUUCAUAUUAUCAAUUUUAUACCAAAAUGGGUCACAUCAUUGCCCAUGGAUGCAUAACUAAAAAUGAUGCAAGUAUGGUGACCAUACAUUGUGACAAUAUAAAUAUAUGGCUCCUUGAAGAUAAAUGAAUGCUGGGAAAGUGGGGGGUUUAUUAGAGUAUAGAAAUAAAGGAGAAGUAUCUAUAUAGUUGAUUCUCUUGAAUUUAUUGCAAGGAGUGUUUGACAUAAUCACUAGUGCCCUUACGAUUUCUAUCAUUAGAAUCAAGUGGUAGGUCUCUGAUAAGUAUCAGCCAAGUCAGCACUAAUUAAUUUCUUGUAGGAUUCAUUUACUCAAGAAAAUGAGGGCAUUGAAAAGGCACAUACCUGACUCACUAGCUUGAUCGUAAGAAGCAGCAACACAAGGGGCAGACCUUUUGGAUGGAAAUGACCGCAUAUUAGCUACAGUUGAAUGUGCUGAUAAUGUGUUGGCCGAGAGAUCUAAAGUAAGUAGCGGACGCUUCAUCUGAGCUGAUACGCAUCUCGCUCUCAUUAAAGCAGCUUUCCAGCCAGCAUUUCGAGGACUCGCCUAGUGCUCCCAAGAUAUCUAUGGCAUUUUGUGGUGCAGUGUGAGAAUAGUGGCUUGGGGAAAUUGAUGAGAUAGUUGAGGAGAUGGCAAGCAGACGGACCUCCGCUGUCUGAAUCUGGGCAGUUAGGCAGGUCAGGUGGGUCGGGUCAAGUGGUCCUGGUUGUUGGGCCAGCUGGUCAGGUGGGCUAGGUCAGGUGGGUAGGUCGGGGCCUGGUGGCUGGGCCGGCGGGUCAUGUGGGCUUGGGUCAGGUUAUCCUGCUUGAUGUGUCAAAUAUAUGGGCUGGGCCGGCGGGUUAGGUAGGUGGGUCGGGUGGUCCUGGUGGCCCCGGUGGGUGAGCCGGUCAGAUGGGCUGGGCCGAAUAAGUGGCCCCCUUAAGGGGGGGUCCCUGCCGAAACCAAUUCGUUUCGGCCGCGACCAAUGCUGGUCUUUGUGCCGCGGCGGCGAACGAACGGUGGCGGUAGAGGCGUCGUUGGCGGAGGCAGGAGGAGGGGGCGGCGACACCGGCGGCGGGGAACGGCGGAACAGCGGUGGCGGAAGGAGAAGGCGACGACGGAGGCGGCUGGAAGGCGGGACGAUGGCACCGGAGCGGGACGGCGACGAUGAGGCGGCUCAUCAGGGGUGAAGCGGAGGGGGCGAGAAGGGCUGCGUCGCCCGGAGGGAUGCGCGACGGAGGGCCGUAGGGCCGCAUGCUCCGACCGAGAGUGGAAGUGGUCCUCGCGACGAACCUCCGCCCUCUGAAUCUGGGCAGCAGCCAAAAUCUGUCGAUAGUGUCUGUCCCCCGAGCAGCAUGCGGAGAGAACGGCUCAUCCUCGGUCGGAUUCAACCCGUCCCGCAUUUAUUGGGUCUCUAGAGGAGUUCCUGGGCAGAUAUCUCACACUACCUGCGUGACGAGAUGAAUCAGAUCGAGGAUGUGCUGUUCUGCAUGCUCGGUUAACAAACAUCGGUUGAGGACUGUAUAAUUUUGGUUGCCCACGUUCUGACAGCGGAGGUAUUGAACGGAAGAGCAUGAAUAUAGUAUUAUCUAUCCUUUGGUCCCAUUUAACGGAAGAGUCUGAACCUUCCUUGGGAAAAAAAUCGUAUUACAGAAAAGAUAAAUCCGACAGAGGAUGCAGCUAUCAGAUUGCCCACCGUUCCUUUCUGUUGGCAGACGGGCUCCUCUGCUUCCCAUCCAUGGAGUACACUGAAAAUCAUUGAAAGUGCCAAAGUAAAUCAGUCUAUUGUCAUGAUACGUUAAGAGGCCAAUGGGAAGAGCCGUCUGUAAUUAUGAGGAACCAUCAGGGGGAACUCAUCGCGGUUCUCAUACUGCCUGCACGGGCCUCUGGGUCAUCGCGACCUCGGUGGAUGGUUCUAAGGUCACUGCAUAUCUAAUAGAGAAGAGAGUCGACGGGGAUCAUCGUCUCUUUAAACAGGUUGGGAGAGGCAGACAGAGAAAUCAUAAACGAAACCCUCGGAGCGCAAUUCAAUGCGGUGCACUGAUCACAACUCGAAUUCUAAUAGAAAAAAAACUAGGAUUAAUUUGAAAGACUGGAGACACAAUAUCGUCUUCUCACUCCACCUGGUGUGCACUUUGAUUCUUUACAUAACUAACUUUGUGAAUUUUUAUAUUUUUUAUGUUUACAUCAGCAUAUAGAAUGGAAGACUAUGAUCGUUUUUUUCUAUUUAAAGCAUAUUUGUGUACGAGCACCCUUAUCCUUACUCGCUAGAGCCUACUGUGCUUCCGACCUGCGUGCGGGCCCGGCUGGCUGGGAUGACACCCCACUUUUUCUACUUUUUAAAUUUAUUUUUAUUUUACCUCAAAGACAUAGUUAUAAAAAUCAUAUAAGUUAACGUAAAAUAACAUAAUUAACCAAAAAAUCCUAUUAACUAACUAGAAACUACUACUUUUAAUUUGGCACGAAUAUAAGUCUCUUUUUUAUGAGUUGAGGCUUAAAAUAUGUUACUAAUUAAUUAUUAACUCAUGAUAAUGAACACUUAUUAAUAAGGUAUAUUAUUUGAGAUAUAUAUAUGUAUCUCAGAGAGAGAGAUGACCAAGUGCCAAUGGGCAGGUGACCUGAGGAGAGUGAGUGAGUGGCGUCUGAAUGGGACCCACAUCUAGUGGCUACGCAUAUUUUUGAGACCAGAAAUGAGGAAUAACUAGACAUUUAGUCGACGAAGAUGUUACGUAGGAAUAUAUGUCUCAAGUGGGUCCCAUUUUUUCUAAUAUUCAGACUCUUUCUCGGGGUAGGUAUAUGACGUGACUUAGUCGUUGUAUAGUAAAUCACACAAAUUUAAAAUUUAUAAAACUAGAAAAUACGAAUUUUUAGAGAUUUAGAAGUAUUUUUGAACAAAUAUAUUAAUUAUAAUUCAAUAAAACUUCUAAAAAUAGCGGUAAUUUUCCAGGUCGAUCACAAAGAUGUAAUAUAAUAUCAGGUAAUUAUUCAGAAUUUUUCUCAAAGAAUACUAUUUUCUAUGAAUUUCAUACUAGAAAAUAAAAAUUAAAUAUAUUUAACAUUCACGAAAAAGGGAAAUAAGGGUGCGGACGUCUGGACGAUGUCAACGCCGGACAAACGUCAAUCAGGCAGAAAUAGAGUUCCACCUGAUGAUUCUUACGUAAGCGAUUACAAACGAUUUAAUUGAUAAAAUUAAGAUCUGUAAAAUCCGGAAGAAUCGUAAUUGAAUGAAGUAUAACUUGGUAAAUUUUAAAUCAACAAAUUAUCACUAGAUAAGCAAAAAUUAAGUUGAAAGUAAGAAAACAGAGUUCUGGCGUCACGACGACGAUGUGUCGAUGAUUCACGAGAAUUCUGAGCAUUCGAGAGGAUUGACAUGUAGUGUCCAUGAUCUCGAAGGCUCUCUUUAGAUAAGGACUACGUAGCCAAUCUCUAGAUCUCCUUACGAAGUCUAGAGAUGAAUGAAAUGGGUCGUCAAAUCGUCUCUGACGGCUGUCACCUGGCGGAGCAGAAAAAUGACGACUUUACAGCUCUCCGACGGCUCUCACCCGACGGAGAGGAGCUGGAUGGAGGUGGGGCGUGUGUCAGUGAGCUUCAUCCUCAGAUCCACGCAAUAAGAGGAGGUUCUUCAUCGCAUCCGGUACGCUCUCAGGAGGUGGCGACUCGUCUCCUGGCGGAUUGUCCUCUUCUUGACGAUGGCUUGUUCGUCGAUCAAUUAGAGAUGCUUUACUCGAUGGAUUUGUGAUCCUUUUAUCGCAAAUCAUUUAGUAAUUUUAGUAACAAUGUUCUACAAAUCGCGUUGACGAGAUUUUCACCAAUAAUCUAAUAAUUCUGGCAGCAUAAACCUUUACCGGCAAUCUGUAGGAAAGUCACGAUAAUCAGAUAAAAAAUAUUACUUUUGGCUCUGGGAGAAUUCAAACCUACAUUGGUUGCCUGCUUGCACAAGAGAGAUUGACAUAAAUACUCUAAUGCCCUUAUCAAAUGACGUCAUUAUAGUAUAUCUCUAUUAUAAAUAAGGGAUAUUUUAGGUAUUAAAAUCAUCGAACCCUUUAUGGGGAAGGUGUGACGUGGGUUUAGUCUCACAUCAUUUGUACGCCGAAGUUUCGGGCGAAUAUAUAGUAAUAUUAUAUUUUCAAUCAAGUCCCUUUCUCUUGCGUGUACGACCACUCCUUGGCCCACAACCGGCUACCCACCGGUGACGUGGAUGGAGAGUGACGCACACGUGCCUCUAUCGGUCGUAAUCGCUCGAGCCCCUGCUUGCGGCUCCGCCCUAAUUGCACUUCCGACCCACUUACGGGCUUGGCUGGCCAGCGGGUCCCUCCUCAUUUUGUUAUAUUUUUAUUUUUAUUUCUUUUUCUUCAUUUAUCUCAAAAGUAAGAUUGUAAAAAUCAUAUAAAUUUGUAUAAAAUAACAUAAUUACUCAAAAAUUCACGUUAUUAAUUGAAAACCACUUUUCAUACUUUAACACAAAUAUAAGUCUAUUUAUCAUGAGUUAAGGCUAAAACUAUAUUAUUUACUAAUUAUUAACUCAUGAUAAUGAAAACUUAUCAGUAUCCCAUAGAUACUAGCUGCUAGAGGGGAUGAACGAUCAACGAGGAUGUUAUGCAUCUCCGAGGACUGUACAGAUUUUGGUUGCACAGAUUCUGACAACGAAGGUACUGAACAGAAGAAUAUGAACAAAAUGAACAGAGGUACUGUACCUCGGCAUGUACUAGAUAAGAUAGAUGGAGAAAAAGAGACGAGAGGGAGAAAUGGGGAGAAGAAGAAGGCCCUGAUUGUCGCACCUUCUAGUUUUCUUUCUUCUUGUGCCUUUUUCUAUGGAGAGUGAAAGUAAUAAGUUUUAUGGAGAUGAAAGUUUGGCCAGUACGGAAGAAAAAAAUAAGAGAUAUCAUCUUUAGAGUAAUGUAAAAUGCUAGGAGCAAAAAAUAAAAACAUACGUAAAACUCCAUCAUAAACCCAUUUCAAGCUAGCCCAUCGACUGUGAGUCAGUGGUCUCUGAAGGAGAUCCCAACUUUCGACGUGCGUCAGAUCCACCAAAAUCGCAUGGUUCCUCACACAUCAUUUUAGCAUGUGCUCAAAACCCACCACCACCCAAAAGCCGGUGCUCCGAGGAGUUUCACAGUAAGAAUACAGAAAAUCAUCUUCACAAUACUUGAAAACCCGAGAGGGCCGUAGAAGACAAUGCCCAAACAUGUCUCCCAAAGGCAAAAGCAUAGACGACCUUUGAAAGAUUUUGUUUAGAAUCUCAAGUUGAUCUAAAAGCACUCACUACACAUAUUAAAGAUUUUGUAAUUCUAGUCUAAUUGAAUACCGCAUAGCGAUUUUUCAACUCAUACAGUAAUUAAAAAUCUAAUAAAACUAAUGAGACUAUUACUAUUCCUUUAUAAUAUAAAGCGAUUUAAAUUGACAUUUACUGGUGUCCUAGAUUCAAACUUUCAAUCUAUAUGAAAUUUAAUGUAUUAAUUUAUCACAAUGGUAACUACAUAUUUUAAUCGCCAUUGUCAAUGAAGAAGCAUACUUGACACAACAAGUAUGUUGGCAUAUUCCUUUUGACUAAAAAUGCACUUGAUACAUUGUUAUUGAAUGUUGUUCUCUCUAUAUAUCAUUUCAACUUCAUCAAACAUCUCUAAAAAGAAAUCCAAAUUAUGUUGGAACAUUGUGGAGGACCUCGCUUCUAUUGCUCUAUAAAACAAAAAUUUGAAGAAACUUAUGUAUUUCUAAUGUUAAAAUUAAUCAUGUUUUAUGAAGUUUGCAAAGUUCUAUCUUAGCUACCUCAGAGUUAUCCUCUUUUGUCAAAAAUUAUAUGUACCAGAUCUACGUAGAGCAUGAAGCCAGCUUCAGUAACGAUCAUACCUUUAAUAUACGUACCAGGCAUUUGGUCAACGAGGAUGUUAUAUAUAAAUAUAUGUACGAGGUGGGUCCCAUUUUGCUUUUGAGAAGGGAAUCUCCUCGAUUCUGGGAACUGUUGACGUGGUAGGCCCAGCCAGCCCUUCACGCGAGCGUCCGGAGGUCUUCAUACCUUCUAGUACCGAACUAACCGCUCCGCUUCAUACAGCAGAACCUGAUAUGAAUUUUAUAUACGCAGAGAUCCCCACAUGCAGAGAGAGGGGACUAUUUCUCACCCCCCCGGGGGUUUAAGGGAGCGGGGGGCUCUUUCAAGAUCUACGGUUGUACCCAGCCGUUGACUUCCUGCUUGUUGCCGGCUUUCCUCCUCCGUUGCCUGUGCAACCACCUGCGGCUUUCCUCACCUGCCCAUAUGUUAUUUCCCGCCCUCUGCAUGCGGCUGGCUCUAACAGAGACGCAGAGAGAGAGAGAGAGAGAGAGAGAGGCAGGGCCGUGCUUCGUCCCCUGUUCCUCUCCGGCGGCAGGCCAUUGGCGGGAGCGGGGCUGCACUGGGCGCGAGGUUCCCCUCGUUUUUCCUUGGGGGGUCGAGGCGAGAAGAUGGACUUGGAAGAAUGUGACGCGCGAUUGACGCCCAGGUUUGUAGAUCGGGUUAUCUAGGGAGUUUUCUGUGUCAGAGUGCUCUGCAAUGAUCUCUGUUGUUCGUACCUGUUGGGUUCCGCGGUUCAUCCGUUCAUCAAUUAGUCCGAGUUUUUUUCUAUUAGAAUUUGAGUCGUGGUCGGUGGACCGCAUUGAGUGCGCUCCGAGGAUUUCGUUUCUCGUUUCGCUGUCUGCUUCUCCCAACGGCAUUCGGCUCUCUUCUCUUCGCGCUAGUCUAAGCAGAUCUGCAGUGACCUUAGAACCAUCCACCGAGGUCGCGAUGAGCCUCCCCCAGAGGUCCUUGCGGGAAGUAUGAGUACCUCGAUGAGUUCCGCGUGAUGGAUCCACUGCCGUCCGGUUCCUCAUAAUUACAGACGGCUCUUCCCAAACUAUCAUGAUAAUUCAUCGACUCAUCUACUUGGCCUCUUCGAUGAUUUUCAGCCAACUCUUUGAAUGGGAAACAGAGGGCUGCGGUCUGCUGACAGAGUGGAACGGUGAGCAGCCUGAUAUAGCUGCAUCCUCUGCCGGACUUACCUCUCUGUCAGUACGAUUUUUUCUCUAAGAUUCAGACUCUUUCCUGGGUAGGCAUCCCACACUACCUGCUGGACGGGACGAACUAUCAUGAGCGGUUCGGCAUGCUCGGGGACUGCACAGAUUUUGGCUGCGCAGUUUCUGACAGCGGAGGUACUGAACGGAAGACUAUGAACAAAAUGUAUGUCAUCCAUUUUGGUCCUAUUUGACGGAGGAGUGUGGGUUCCAGGCACGGCGAAGGACAGUGCAGAUGGGUCUGCCGAGUCGCCGCAGCUGAAAAGGAGGCGCAUGCUGCAGUGCAACCAUGACGACCCUGUUGAGAUCAUUUGCGCCGGCCCUUCUUCAGAGUUCUUAAAUCCCAAGGUGGGUCAACGAGAUGCGAAGUCGUCAGUCAGUCUCUGGGUGAUGCCAAUCUGUGAAUAUCUUACCUCACAAAAAAGAUGCCUUUUCGUGAUCGUGUAGACCGGAGAAGAGGCAACGAUGGGAGAAGAUAAAACGAGAGAGGAGGAGCAGUGGGACACUGAAUUAUUGGGUUCGUCUGCUUGCCGCCUCCUUCCAGUGAAGCUGACAUACGCUCCUUCCAUUAAAUUCAGAGGUAUCAAAGAUACUCAUAUACCGCCCCUUUAUUUUUACACUCUAACCCCGAUUUAUUACUUACAUCACGUGUUGAUCAGGGAGGCCAUCAUACACGAAGUUCCCAACAACGACGGCUUCUACCGUCGCUUAUCCCUUCACGCUGAUUAAGCCAUGCGGUGCCCGAGGGGAGGUAACUUUGGAAGAAAUAAACCAAAUACUUCGUACAGUAAGAAGGCCUUAAUGAAAGGGUCUCUAUAUCAUGUGAAUUUCAUUAGACAUCUCUGAAGUAAAUUUCAAAUUAUGUUUGAGCAUUGUGGAGGAUCUCACUUCUAUUCUCUUAAUGAAAAAUUAAAGAGUACUUAUGGAAGUCUCAUGUUAAAAUUAAUUAUAUUUUAUCUUUUGAUCAAUUUAGCUAACUUUAUGUACUUAAGUUGAUUAUUACUAUACUAUUUAAUGAUAGAGCUUAAGAAGUUCCUCACCUGCCCAUAGGUUAUUUCCCGCCCUCUGCAUGCGGCUGGCUCUAACAGAGACGCAGAGAGAGAGAGAGAGAGAGAGAGAGAGAGAGAGAGAGAGAGAGAGAGAGAGAGAGAGAGAGAGAGAGCGAGCGAGAGAGGCAGGGCCGUGCUUCGUCCCCUGUUCCUCUCCGGCGGCAGGCCAUUGGCGGGAGCGGGGCUGCACUGCGCGCGAGGUUCCCCUCGUUUUUCCUUGGGGGGUCGAGGCGAGAAGAUGGACUUGGAAGAAUGUGACGCGCGAUUGACGCCCAGGUCUGUAGAUCGGGUUAUCUAGGGAGUUUUCUGUGUCAGAGUGCUCUGCAAUGAUCUCUGUUGUUCGUACCUGUUGGGUUCCGCGGUUCAUCCGUUCAUCAAUUAGUCCGAGUUUUUUUCUAUUAGAAUUUGAGUCGUGGUCGGUGGACCGCAUUGAGUGCGCUCCGAGGAUUUCGUUUCUCGUUUCGCUGUCUGCUUCCCCCAACGGCAUUCGGCUCUCUUCUCUUCGCGCUAGUCUAAGCAGAUCUGCAGUGACCUUAGAACCAUCCACCGAGGUCGCUAGUCCAUCAACGGCAUUAA